GAGAGAAAAAAAAGAAAGGAGGCCGACCCGACACAAAACAUAACGCACACCGAUAGCUGUAGCGGGUCCAUUAAUGGACAUAAAAUAAACAGAUAGCGAGCAAAUACGCUUGUUCACGGAAUUUUAUCCCGUUGAGAGCAGGUCAUGCUGUUCUCGCAAAGGUAAUGAGCCGUAAAGCCCUUGGGUUUCGGCUUAGCAGCGCCCACAAACUGCAGCGAAACUGGAAUGAUUGGCAGCCCAGAGGCGACAGCGUGUCAGCAGCUAGCCAGGACGGUGUGAAGUGCAUCGCCACCAGAGACCUGGGUCCAGCUGCAGCAGCUGUAUACGACCCAACAGCAGUGGGAGUAGCAACCUCGGACCGGCCUGUCUCCCCAACUCUCCUACAUGAUGCCUUCCCAGACACCGCAGACACACUGGACGAAGGGGGAGGAUAUGAAGCUGCAGGAGGGUUCAGUGAUGAUACUUUUGGUUGGAAGUCGUUGGGGCAAGAGUUGAGGAUCAACGAUGCGACCGCCGAUUUGAACACUUUUCAGCAGCAUGGAAACCGUGCUUUAGCUUCUAAGGACAUGAGGAAAUCCCACGACAGAGGGAUGUCUCACUCUGAUGAGUCUCGCCUGUCUAACCUCCUGCGCCGUGUGUCCCGUGAGGAGGACAGGGACCGCCGGCUGGCCACCGUCAGACAGCUCCGGGAGUUCAUCACUCACUCUGACAACAAAGUGGCCCUGGUGAAACAGUUGGAUACGAUCCUCAGUACCCUGAAUGAUAUUUUGAAUGAAAGCAGUAAGAUGCUGUCAGAGCUGCGUCAGGAAGCAGCGGUGUGCCUGGGUCUGCUGUGCACCGCUCUGAGCUAUGAAGCAGAGCGCAUCUUCAAGUGGAUGUUUGUCAAGUUCAGCUCCAGCACCCGGGACGAGGUCAGGCUGCUCUACCUGGUGGCAGCGUACCGAGCCCUGGAGGCAGCCGGAGAGAGGAAGGCCUUCUCACCUGUCAUGCAGCUGGUGAUGAGUAGCCUGCAGUCCAUCCUGGAGAACCUGGACACGCCGGAGCUGCUGUGUCAGAGCGUCCGCUGCAUCCUGCAGGUGGCCCGCUGCUACCCACAUGUCUUCAGCACCAACUUCAGAGAUACGGUGGAUAUCUUGGUGGGCUGGCACAUUGACCACACACAGAAACAGUCUCUGACUCAGCAGGUCUCAGGCUGGCUGCAGAGUCUGGAGCAGUUCUGGGUAGCAGACCUGACCUUCUCCACCACGCUGUUGGGACAGUUUCUAGAGGACAUGGAGGCCUACGCAGAGGACCUGGGUCACGUGGGUUCUGGCGAGGCGGUCGACGAGGACAUCCCUCCACCCACGGUGUCUCUGCCCAAACUGGCCGCCCUGCUGAGGGUGUUCAGCACCGUGGUACGCUGCAUCGGACAGCGCUUCAACCCCGUUAGAGGACCGCCCAUCACACAGGCAUACGUCUCUGAUGUUUUGAACCGGGUGUUGGCGUGCGUGUCGACGGCCAAGCAGGUGUUGUUCUCUGAGCCGGUGUUGACGGCGGGGAACGAGUGUGUGUGUGUCCUGCUGGUGAGCUUGGAGCCGUCCGCACAGCUGACCGACACGGUCAUCACCUACGGCCUGGACCAGCUGGAUGCCUGCCGGGCCUGUGGCCCAGAGUACAGCCUGGCCGUCCUCAGCCUCGUCACAUUGAUUGUGGACCAGAUCAACACUAAGCUUCCAGCUUGGUUUGUGGAGAAGCUGCUGGCCCCGACAUCACAGCUCCUGGAACUACGCUUCAACAGGGACAGAGAGGUGAUGUCAGCAGCCCUGGGUGUGUACCAGUCUGUUUUGAGCCUAAAGAACAUUCCCAUUCUGGAAGCAGCGUAUAAACUGGUUCUGGGAGAGAUGGCCUGUGCCCUGUCCAGCCUUCUGGCCCCCCUGAACCCCUCCCCGACCCCUGGUACCCCCUCCCCGACCCCUCCACCCUUUCCCGGCAUCCAGCACCCUGUCUUCGCCCCCCUCACCCUCACCCCAGAGAGGGCAGAGUUCACCCUCAUCUUCAACCUGUCGGCCCUCACCACCAUCGGCAACACCAAGAACUCACUCAUAGGGAUGUGGGCUCUGUCUCCGACGGUGUUUGCGUUGUUGAGUCAGAACCUGAUGUUGGUCCACUCUGACCUGGCCGUCUACCACCCUGCUGUACAAUAUGCAGUGUUAUAUACCCUGUACUCACACUGUACCAGACAUGAUCACUUCAUCUCGUCCAGCCUGUCCUCCUCCUCCCCUUCUCUCUUUGACGGGGCGGUCAUCAGCACGGUAACCACGGCAACCAGGAAACACUUCAGCACUCUGCUGUCCCUGCUGGGAGCCCUGCUGAGGAAGGAGCAGCUCUACACUGAGGCCAGGAAGCUGUUGUUGACGUGGUCUCUGGAGAUGUGCCUGAUGAUGAAGAGGUCUGAUACCUACACCCCUCUCUUCUCCCUGCCCUCCUUCCACAAGUUCUGCAAGGGUCUGCUCCACAACGCCCUGAAUGAGGACCCAGUCAUCUGCCUCCAGACCUGCAACAGCCUUCAGGUCAUCUCCUCCUCACUCAACACAGAGCUGCUGCAGAGGUGUGUGGAUAUUUGUCGUGUCCAGCUAGUGCACUCUGCGGUGAGGGUGAGGCAGGCGUACGGCAAGCUACUGAGGACAAUCCCUCUGGACGUGACUCUCAGUAACCACAGCCACCCAGAGAUAGAGGAGAUCUCCUUGGUGGUCCGUCGCCACAUGAGCCGCCCCCCCAGCAGCACCUUUCACCCCCAGGACUUCAGUGACCUCAUCAGCUUCAUCCUCUAUGGCAGCCAGCACCGCGGAGGUAGAGAACCAUGGCUGGAGCGUCUGUACCACAGCUGUCAGCGUCUGGAGAAACGCGAGGGUGUCUCGUCAGGUCGUGAAGGGGGUGUGUGUGUCUCCGGUGGCGGUGUGUGUGUACCGCGCGGUCUGCUGAAGACGGAGGCGGUGCUGUGGCAGUGGGCGGUGUGGGAAGCAGCGCAGUUCACCGUGUUGUCUAAACUCCGUACCCCGCUGGGACGGGCACAGGACACCUUCCAGACCAUAGAGGGUAUGAUCCGCAGCCUGGCGGCCCACAGUCUGAACACUGAACAGGAGCUCAGCCAAUGGAGCGCCGGCGACACGGAUGACGGUCACCAUAGCAACCAGCUGCGUCUGGCACUGCUCUUGCAGUUCCUGGAAAACCUGGAGAAACUGAUGUACAACGCCUACGAGGGCUGUGCCAACGCUCUGACCGCACCGCCCAAGGGUAUUAGAACAUUCUUCUAUACCAACCGUCAGACUUGCCAGGAUUGGCUGACUCGUAUCCGCCUGGCCCUGAUGAGGGUGGGGCUUCUGUCUGGCCAACCAGCAGUCACCGUCCGCCACGGCUUGGACCUGCUGACCGAGAUCCAGAACAGCAGCACUCUGGGUCCAGAGUUGGAGGCUCCUCUGGUGAUGCUGGUAGAGGCUCUGUGUGAACUUCACUGUCCUGAGGCUAUCCAUGGUUUAGCUGCCUGGAGUCUCACCCACACUGGCAAGAGUCUGGCUUGGGUCAGCUCUGUGGCACUACAGGCUGAGGGGCGGUUUGAGAAGGCUGCGGUGGAGUACCAGGAACAGCUGUGUGCCGUGACAGGGAUGGACUGUUCCAUUAAGGGCUUCGACCGCUCACUCCUCAAACUGGCCGGAGCCAACAGCUAUAACACAGCCAGCCCCAAACACAACGGCAACGGUGACGGCAGGAAGACGGUUCUCCUCAAGUCCAACGAGUGUUCCUCCGAGGUGCUCAACCUCCUUGCCAAUAAGGCGUGCCAGUGCUAUGUGGCCCUCGGCGAUUGGUCCUCGGUGCAGGAGUGGCAGGCCAGCGUGCACGCCCUCAAGAAGAACCCUAGUAACCCUGCCGCGGCGAGCGUGCACCUGAAGACAGACUUCAACUACGUACGGGCACUGAGCUGCUUCGAGGACGGAGACUUCCAAGAAUGCCGUGCUCAGCUGGAGCUCCUGGCGGGAGAGAGAGAAGACUACGGCCUGCUCAACACCUCUACUGGCUCCAAGGAUAAACUAGACCUGAAGCGUCUCCUCCCGGCAGUGUUGAGUCCGGACCCCUCAGAACUGCAGAAGGCCAUCGAGGUGCAGCUGCUGCGGAGUGCCGUGGCCGCCAUGACAACAGCCAAUCACGAGCAGGAACAGAAGGCCAUGCCCACCUCGGAUACCCUGGUCCGUUACCUGAAGCAGACGGGUCGUAUCUCUCUGGGUCCCCUCCGCCUCUCCACCCUCACCCUCUCUGACGGCCUGCCCACUCUGGCCACCCUGCAGCUGUACUGCUGUUCUGCCCUGGAGAACACACUCAGCGGACAGGAGGACUGUCUGAUCCCCCUGUACAGUGAAGCUCUCAGCACCUGUAAACAACAGGACGUCCAGCCGUGGCUCCACGCACUGAGAUACACCAUCUACCAGAGACAGCUACUGCUCAGGCUGAAAGGCUCCUCUGCUCCGCUUGAUGGCCACCUGAUGGAACUAUGUCUGACGGCCGUCAAGUUCGCCCGGAAACAGGGGAACAUCGCCCUGGCAACGCGCCUGCUGGGCCAGUGCAGCGAGGAGGAGAAGGAGGGGGGGGUGGAGGAGGGGUUGAGCUCUGCGUUCAGGCGUCUGUCACUAGCGGGUGCUGUGGGGGAGAAGUGGGGACCUGAACUACAGAUCGAGAAGGCUAAAGUCCUCUGCACCGCGGGUCAGUCCAUGGCAGCCAUGGAGAUGUUGAGUUCCUGUGCUCUGUCUUUCUGUCGCUCAGGGAAGUGUGAGCGUGCUGCCUGUCGCUCCGUCCUCACUCUGUGUAAGUGGCUGCUGGCGGACUGGAAGGACAUGACCCCUCAGCUCAAACAGGUGGUGAAGAGGUCAGGGGUCAUGAACCCAGGGGUCGCCGCCUUGCCCCCCAUCAGCCGGAACAUCACAGCCCUGCUGGAGCUACCCCUAGAGGACCAGGGCAUGCCCCGAAUCACAGCUGAAACCACAGUGAGUGUGGGUGUAGGAGAACCAGACUUGGUCCUGGGGCAACUCUACCAGUUGUCCACCAGUCAGGCUCCGGAGGUGGCCAAGUCCUGGGCGGCUCUCGCCAGCUGGGCCUAUCGUUGGGGACGGAAGGUGGUCGACAACGCCAGUCAAGGUGAAGGUGUGCCCCUGCUCCCGGGAGAGAAGAAGGAGAUCGAGGAGCUUCUCCCAGAAUGCACCAGUGAGGAGGACAAGGAGAACAUCUUCAGCAUCCUGGGUCAGGCCAUGUGUCGACCUGCUGGAAUACAGGAUGAGGACAUGGCCCUGCAGCAGGAGGAUGAGGAGGAGGAUGACAUGGUGGAUGUUAUCUGGAGACAGCUGCUGUCUGCCUGUCCCUGGCUGGAGCAGCAGGGGGAGGUGGAGGGGGUCCAGGGUGGGGGUAGUGGGGUGAUGGAGGGUCUGAUCCGGGUCUGGAGGAGGGUGGUGGACCGGAUCUUCAGUCUCUACAAGGUCUCCUGCGGUGCCUACUUCACCUUCCUCAAACUCAACGCUGGACAGGUUCCCAUCGAUGAGGAUGACCCCAAGCUGCUGCUGACCAAUCAGAACAGCAAGCAGAGUAACGACGACGUCAUCGUCAUGGCGACGCUGCGGUUGCUACGGCUGCUGGUGAAGCACGCCGGGGAGCUGAGGGAGGGGCUUGAGCUUGGGCUCGCCUCAACCCCCACCGCCCCCUGGAGAGGCAUCAUCCCCCAGCUGUUCUCUCGUCUGAACCAUCCAGAGGCUUACAUCAGACAGAGUAUCUGUAGUCUGCUGUGUCGCGUUGCCCAGGACUCGCCACACCUCAUCCUGUACCCUGCUAUAGUUGGAUCACUGUCUCUGGGAGGAGAGGCACAGCACGCAGGAAACAAGCUCCCGUCGGCCCUGCCCACCUUCCUGGGCAGCAUGCAGGGGGAGGGGCUGUGUGAGGAAGGGGAGGGGACACUGGGCAGUAACCCCGCCUCCCAGGAAGAAGAUGGGCGGGGUGAGGAGUUUCCUGCGCUGUGUUCCAGCCAGGACCAGGCCAUGAUGCACGACUGCUACAGCAAGAUAGUGGACAAGCUGUCUGCAGCCAACCCCACUAUGGUGUUACAGGUGCAGAUGCUAGUGGGAGAGCUGCGCCGCGUGACUCUGCUGUGGGACGAGUUGUGGCUGGGCGUCCUGCAGCAGCAGCACAUGCACGUCCUACGCAGGAUACAGCAGCUGGAGGACGAGGUCAAGAGGGUGCAAAACAACAACACACUACGCAAGGAGGAGAAGGUGGCCAUCAUGUGUGAGAAGCACUCUGCUCUGAUGCGUCCCGUGGUGUUCGCUCUGGACCACGUGAGGAGCAUCACCACCACGCCCGCAGAGACCCCCCACGAGACCUGGUUCCAGCAGACCUACGGGGACGCCAUCACCUCGGCCCUGGAGAGACUGAAGAGCCCUCACAACCCGGCCAACCCGGCCAGCAGCUGGGUCCCGUUCAAACAGAUCAUGCUGAGUCUCCAGCAGAGGGCUCAGAAGAGGACCAGCUAUCUGCUGCGUCUGGACCACAUCAGCCCCCGCCUGGCUGCCAUGGCGACCACAGAGAUGGCGUUGCCGGGCGAGGUGUCGGCAACGGACGCUUUGACCAUCCAAAGUGUUGGCAACACCAUCACCAUCCUGCCAACCAAGACCAAGCCUAAGAAACUACACUUCCUGGGCUCCGACGGACGCAACUACCCUUACCUCUUCAAAGGUCUGGAGGACCUCCACCUAGAUGAGCGGAUCAUGCAGUUCCUUUCCAUAGUCAACACCAUGUUCACCAAGGUGAACCAGCAGGAGCGCCCCCACUUCCACGCCCGCCACUACUCCGUCACCCCGCUGGGGACACGCUCAGGACUCAUCCAAUGGGUGGACGGCGCCACGCCGCUGUUCGGCCUCUACAAGCGCUGGCAGCAGAGAGAGGCCGUGCUGCAGGCACAGAAGGCCCAGGAUUCGUUCCAGCAGCAGCCCCAGCCCCUCCCUCUAGUUCCACGGCCCAGUGAGCUCUACUACAGCAAGAUAGGCCCCGCCCUGAAGGGGGUUGGCCUCAGCCUGGAUGUUUCGCGGCGCGAUUGGCCGCUCAGCGUGAUGAGGGAUGUGCUUAAGGAGCUGAUGGCAUCCACGCCCCCUAACCUGCUGGCCAAAGAGCUGUGGUGCUCCUGUACCACGUCUAGCGAGUGGUGGAGGGUCACACAGUCCUACGCCAGGUCCACUGCUGUGAUGUCUAUGGUGGGCUACAUCAUUGGCCUCGGCGACCGUCACCUUGACAACGUGCUGAUUGACAUGACGACGGGAGAGGUGGUGCACAUCGACUACAACGUCUGCUUCGAGAAAGGGAAGAGCCUGCGUGUGCCAGAGAAAGUGCCGUUCCGUAUGACCCACAACAUUGAGACGGCCCUGGGAGUCACUGGAGUGGAGGGCAUCUUCAGACUGUCCUGUGAACAGGUGAUUCAGAUGAUGCGUCGUGGGCGGGAGACGCUGCUGACCCUGCUGGAGGCGUUUGUGUACGACCCUCUGGUGGACUGGACGGCCGGGGGGGAGGUGGGCUUCGCCGGGGCCGUGUACGGAGGGGGUGGGCAGCAAGCGGAGAACAAGCAGAGCAAGAGAGAGAUGGAGAGAGACAUCACACGCUCCCUCUUCUCCUCCCGCGUCGCUGAGAUCAAGGUGAACUGGUUUAAGAACCGUGAGGAGAUGUUGGGGGUCCUGCCCCAGGUGGAGGGGGCAGUGGAGGAGUACCUCACCCUGCAGAAGCUGCUCUCUCAGGGGGACAAGAUGACCACCAAGAUCCUGGAGGAGAUGAGCUUCCUGGAGGGGGCUGAGAGCUGCUCAGACCACCUCAUACUCACCCUGGAACACAGGUACUCUGAGCACACCCAGCUAGCAUCUCGUCAGCGUACGGUCCAGGAGUUGAUCCAGGGGAAGCAGGGUGACCUGGACCAGUGGAUGUCUCAGUACCAAGCAGCCUUCAGCAGCCUGGAGGCCACACAGCUAGCCAGUCUACUGCAGGACAUCAGCAGUCAUAUAGAUCUGGGCCCUCCCAGCUACGUCCCGGCCACAGCCUUCCUGCAGAACGCCGGCCAGGCCCACCUAAUCAGCCAGUGCGAGGGCCUGGAGGCUGAGUUGGGCUCCCUGCUGCAGCAGCGCCGUGGGGCCCUGCGAGGCUGUCUGGAGCAGCUGCACAGCUAUGCCACUGUGGCCCUGCUGUACCCGCGGGCCGUGCUGCUGCGCCACAGGGCCCACCUCUGGAAACAGUGGCUGGAAGAGCUGCUCUGUGACAUGACUGUUGACCACUGCCAGCAGAUUUCCAGACAGUAUGAGGUCCAGUUUGCCCCCCAGCCUCCUCUUGCGUCGUGCCAGUUCCUGUCCAGCGUUGAGCUGGCCUUGCAGCACCAGGCGUCAGAGACCAACACGCGUGUUCUGCGCCAGGCGGAGCGCGUCAAGGCCGAGGGCGCCACGGUCCACGCGUGUGAAGAACAGCUGCAGGAGAUCGAGCGUUGCAUCAACGUGUUCCUCCUAGAGAACCCAGAGCAGGGCUCUCUCAGCCUGGCCACCAUCAUCUCAUCAGCCCUCUGCACCCUCACCAGGCGUAACCUGGUGAUGGAAGGAGCGGCGGCGGCGGCGGGGGGGCAGCUGGUAGAGUUGACGUCUCGUGACGGGGCCUGGUUUCUGGAGGAGCUGUGUUCCAUGAGUGGUAAUAUCACCUCAUUGGUCCAGCUGCUGGGGCAGUGUCAGCUCCUCCCACACGACCUGGACCUGCCCUCGCCGCAGGAGACCGCCCAGACCGUCUACCUGGCCAACGCCGUCUACACCUGUCUACAGGAACUGAACACGAACUUCCGUCAGAUCAUCUUCCCGGAGGCUCUACGCUGCAUGUUGAAGGGCGAGGCCACCCUGGAGACCAUGCUGUCUGAGCUGGACCUCUUAGUGGAGCAGUGUGCAGACGGGGUCUCCCUGCAGGGGCUGGCCGACGCCCUGCACACACACCUCCGCAGCGCCGCCAUGGGCCUGGAGCACGAGGCGGACACACACUGUCUCCACAUCACCAGGAUGUUGCGGGCCCAGUACUGUCAGCUGAUGCAGCCUCCAGGGGGCAGUAUGGACGCGGUGGGACAGGACUCUCCUAAGAUGUCCGCCGGUCAGAUGCUGCUGGUGGCCUUCGAUGGCAUGUUUGCUCAGCUAGAGACCGCCUUCGGACAGCUCACAGAGAAGAUGAUUUCCAUGGAGGUGCCGCCGGCGUGGCGGAAGGUGGAUGUGAUGCGUGAGGCGCGUGCGGCCCAGGUCCAUUUCUUCCACAGCGGGCCUCACAGACAUGUUCUGGAGGAGAUCUUCUUCCUCAAGAGACUCCAAACCAUCAGGGAGUUUUUCAGGCUCUGUGGAUCCUUCGCUCAGACACUCUCUGGUACGUGCCCCCCAGCGGCUGAGGACCCUCCUCCCUCCAACGGCCCAGUAGUGGGUCUGGGGGGUGUAGGUCUACCAGGGAAGCCCCUGUUCCGGGGGGCGGCGGCGGUGGUAGUGAGCGAGGAGCAGAUGACCCGGCCCAUCAAGGCGUUCACAGCAGAGUUUGUCCGUCAGAUGCUGAUUGGUCUUCCCACCCAGACCCUGGGCCUGGCUCUCUGCAGCACCCUGUCUGCCCUGGGCCUGGACCUUACAGCACAGGUGGAGGCCAAGGACUUUGGAGCCGACGGCAAGGUGUCGUUAGAUGAGUUGUGUAAGCAGACGGUGGUGCAGGGUCUGGGCGCAGGCCGUCUGUCUCAGCUGCUACUGAACAGAGGCACGGUGCUGGCGUCCUCCUACGACACGGCCUGGAAGAAACUGGACCUGCUCAGACGCCUGGAGACCAGCCUGGACGCUGCCAAGGUCUCCCUGCAACGCACCCAGCUACACAUCACCAUGUUCCAGUGGCAGCAUGAGGACGUGCUCGGCCCUAGGACCCAGCCUAUGAGUGUGAGCCCUCCUCCUCGCUCCAUCAUCCUCAGUAGUAUGAAGAAGAAGCUUUACAAACUCAGCCAGGACGAGGCGGCCAUCGCUGCUGUACAGGAGAAGCUGGCAUCACUAGAGGGCAGUAUAGAGCAGCGACUGAAGUGGGCUGGAGGGGCCAACCCUGCCCUGGCCCCAGUGCUCCAGGACUUUGAUCUGACCAUCGCAGAGCGCCGCGCCCUAGUGGCCCGGGAGAGCCAGCGUACCAGCCAGGUGACGUUCCUGUGCAGUACCAUACUGAACUUUGAGGGUCUGCGGAUGCGGACCCCUGAGGCCCUGAGCAUGGACUCUGCUCUGUUUGAGCUGCUGAAGAGGUGCCAGCAGACCUGCUCCUACGCUGCCCAGUUCAACACCUCCGUCUCCUCCAUAGAGCUACAGCUGCUGCACAGACUGAGCCCGGCGUUGGAGCUGCCCAUCGGCAGCCCUGAUUGGCUAGCUUGUGCCCAGAAGCAGCUGGGUCAGGAGCUGGCUACCCAGGGGUCUGUGCAAGAGGAGCGCGAGCAGCAGCUGGAUGUCGCCACGGAAUCACUGCAGCUAUUGGUGGACAGCAUCAAGGGCAUCCUGUCCAAUCACAACCGCCAGCUGGCUGACGUCAAACACCUUCUGAGGGCCAUGGCCAAGGACGAGGAGAACGCGCUGGCGGAGGGGGAGGAAGUGACCUACGAGGGCAGCGUGCGCCAGUUCCUGUUGGAGUACAAGGCGUGGCAGGACAACGUGCAGAUCGUGCUGUUCACUGUCGUCCAGGCAACAGGCCAGCCCCGAGGGGGAGGAGCCAGUCAGGAGGGGGUGGAGCUACUGCAGGAGAUACCUGCUACCCUGAAGGAGCUACACACACAGAGCACCAGUGUGUAUAACGGCCUGGUUGGCUUUGCGUCUCCGUUGGUGACAGAGAGGGGUGGAAACUGUUCCAGCCCCACCUCUACAGCUCAGACCAGCUUCGCUGCAGCGGUGAGGUGCAGCGGUGUGAAGACUCAGACGGACUCAAUGUCCCAGAAUUCACGCAAGCUCCUCCCCCGUAACCUUGGCACCCCGGCGGACACCCCCCCCAGCGCUCAGACGAUGACCAGCAAGGGUCUGAAUCCCAGCCCCAAACGGGCUGUACGUGACCCCAAGACGGGACGAGCUGUCCAGGAGAGGAACUCGUACGCGGUGAGCGUGUGGAAGAGGGUGAAAGCCAAGCUGGAGGGGAGAGACGUGGACCCCAACAGGAGGAUGAGUGUCACUGAGCAGGUGGACUGUGUGAUAAAGGAGGCCACCAAUGUGGACAACCUGUCCCAGCUGUACGAGGGCUGGACAGCCUGGGUGUGAAUGGUGUCUCCCUGUGGUGCAUCUCUUUGGUUCCAGCACACAACAGAGCCUCGCAGAGGGAGGGUCAGCCAUCCAACCCAACCUCCAGACCAGACACCCGGAUACGUACAUACCCUGUUACCCACCUGCCCUGUUCUGGCAGGGUUAGGGUUAGGUGUGUCUGUCUGGGCCUGGGGGGUGAAGGAAGGAGAGGAGGAGCCACUGGAGCAGCAGCACCCAACCGUGCCACACGCUGAUGGGGAAGGAGGGGGAGAGGGGGGGGGGUCAAGAUACUCCCCCCACCCCGAUAUAACCUCCUAGGGGUCCACCAUGGAACCCCUACUCCCUUCCGUAGCAGCACUAGAGCUGUCUGUCUGCCUGGCUGAUUGGCUGGCUAAACCCAGUCCCACCCAACCUGCCACCUGGCAAUAGACCAAGCUAACACAACCAGCUAAAGGGUCACUCUGCAGUCUGUCUGCAGCCAGAUAUGACCACUCUGCUUGUCUGUACGGGUGGGGGGGGGGUCUGUCUGGGACAGGAAGGGGAGCAGAGGAAUUGGUAGGGAAGGUAUGGUGAUAAGGCCCUCCCCCUCUACCCUAUGUUUUGAAUAACCUUUACCCUCCCCUAAUGAAAACCAACACCACCACCCUCCUUCACUGUUACCACCGAUGACAACCCCCCUUUAACAGCUGAGCUGGUUUACCCAGCAAUGCCGUUGGGUUUGGACCUCAUACAAAGGGGCGGAGAAAGGGGAGGCUUUGCCAGGUGUGGUCUGCAGAGCUGAUUGGCUGCGCCUGUUUUUAAACCAAUCUCCUCCCUGAUGGUACAGUGAUUCUGAUUGGCCAGCGACUGAGCUGCGUGAGUUGUGACUGGGCAGGUGUGGAGUGGGAGGGGAAGGGAAGAAUCUGUUGGCUCAAUGGACUCCAUCCAAAGCCUGAGAGGGGAAAUUAUUUCAGGAAAUAAAAUAGUGUAAUCAGACUUUCUGUCUUUUUUCUUUUUUUCUUCUCUCAAACAUUAAUUGUAAAACUGAAGAAAAAAAAUGCUUAUUUUACAAAGCUCUUUAGAAAUUGUUUAUCACACAAGUUUGACAUUAAAAAUGGAUUGUCAAGUGGAGAUGGGGGUAUUUGGGGAGAAAAUUCAGUCGUGUUUUGGGGAGAAGAUUCAGUCGUGUGGCGCUUUCUUUUUAUUGAUAUGUUUCGGCACUGCGUAACGAUGUGCCUCAAGUUAACUAAUCCUAUUGUCUGAAGUUACCUUUUUGUUUUUUUGAGGGGAGUUAAGAUUUCGGGAUUGACUGAGAAAGGAUGACAAAGUGGGCAAAGUUCUGGCUAGUUACUAUCUGAACCUUGGUCUACGUCCCAAACAGCACCAUAUCCCCUAUACAGUGCAAUACUUUUGACCAGAGACAUAUAUGGGUCAAAGGUCAUGCCCUAAAUAGGGAAUAGGGUGCCAUUUGGAAUGCAAUCCUUGACCUCAGAGAAAUCCAUGUAUAAUCCUUUUUCUUCAAUGUGAAUCUUUAUUCAUAUCUGUUGUAUUUUGUAGGCUUCUCUCCUCCCUAUCCCUUGUUUAUAAAAUAGAAAAGCUUAGACUAGAUUGAUUCCUUUUUUUGACUUGCUGCCUUGCCUGUGAGUAGUAGUAGUAGUAGUAGUAGUAGUAGCCUUCCUUCCUAAUAUGGGAUGUAUACUCCCCUUGUGUUUUACUUAUCCUUACUAACUGACCCUCUAGUUUUACCUUUUUAGUGGGAGAAAUAAGUGGAAUAGUGGAUGUUUUUUGGUGGUCGUGCAAAACUGCUAUUUCUUAAAGGUUUUAUUGGAUUUAAGUUUGAAAUAAAAUUGCAUUUAAAAUGGU